GUGGUGGUGGUGGGGGAAAUAUUCCUAGAAGAUUGCACGCCAUACCAGGCACGGAGUAGAGUUUGGCGGAAUGAAUCGACCCGUUGUGAGAAUCCUGACAACCCUGUUUGCGUGCAUCUUAGAAACAAACAACUUCAGGUUAACUUUCUCCAAGGAACAUGACUCGAGAUCGUCCAGUAAAGCGGGAUCGCAGCCCAUGUCCCCUUCGGAUUUUCUGGAUAAAUUGAUGGGAAGGACAUCGGGAUACGAUGCACGAAUUAGACCGAAUUUUAAAGGUUCUCCAGUAAACGUUACAUGCAAUAUUUUUAUCAACAGUUUUGGCUCGGUCACGGAGAACACAAUGGACUACAGAGUGAAUAUAUUCCUACGACAAACAUGGAAUGAUCCACGAUUAGCCUACAGUGAAUACCCGGAUGAUUCCUUGGAUUUGGAUCCUUCCAUGUUGGAUUCUAUCUGGAAGCCUGAUUUAUUCUUUGCCAAUGAAAAGGGUGCAAGUUUUCAUGAAGUGACGACAGACAACAAACUGCUUCGGAUAUUUAAGAAUGGAAAUGUUUUGUACAGUAUAAGACUUACACUGACAUUAUCCUGUCCAAUGGACCUGAAAAAUUUCCCAAUGGAUAUGCAAACAUGCGCAAUGCAGUUAGAGAGCUUUGGAUACACAAUGAAUGAUCUGAUAUUUGAGUGGUUGGAGGAUGGCCCAGUGCAGGUUGCAGAUGGACUAACCCUUCCACAGUUUAUUCUGAAGGAUGAGAAGGAGCUGGGAUACUGCACAAAGCAUUAUAAUACAGGGAAAUUUACUUGCAUUGAAGUGAAAUUUCAUUUGGAAAGACAGAUGGGAUAUUAUUUAAUCCAGAUGUACAUUCCAAGUCUACUGAUCGUCAUUCUGUCCUGGGUAUCGUUUUGGAUUAACAUGGAUGCAGCUCCAGCCAGAGUAGCUCUGGGAAUCACAACAGUGCUGACAAUGACUACACAGAGUUCUGGAUCUCGAGCUUCGCUUCCAAAGGUCUCAUACGUCAAGGCCAUUGACAUUUGGAUGGCAGUGUGUCUUCUCUUUGUCUUUGCUGCUUUGUUGGAAUAUGCCGCUGUCAACUUUGUUUCACGCCAGCACAAGGAGUUUCUGCGCCUGAGAAGAAGGCAGAGAAGACAAAAUAAGGAUGACGAUUGUGUUCGGGAAAGUCGCUUCAACUUCAGUGGCUAUGGAAUGGGUCACUGCCUUCAAGUCAAGGAUGGCACAGCUGUUAAAGCACCCAUUCCAAAUCCUCCAUCACCACUCAAGGAUUCGGAGGCUAUCAAAAAGAAAUUUGUCGAUAGAGCAAAAAGGAUUGACAUGAUAGCCCGAGCUGCCUUCCCUCUAGCAUUCCUCAUUUUUAACAUCUUUUACUGGAUUACGUAUAAAAUUAUACGACAUGAGGAUGUGCACCAGCAGUAGACGAUCGGCCACAGAAGGCUUUGCCUUUUGCCAAAAAAAACUGCUCAUGAAUAAGUUGUGCUAUCUGUCUUAUUGUUUGCUGACUGUUUUUCACUAAGUGACUGAUGACCCAGAUUUAAAGAAGACUGAGGGCUUGCACUGGGCAAAAGUAGAGUGCAAAGCUAUGAGAGAGCAUUAAAUAAGACCAUACUGCAUUGUCUUUUGGGACAGGUGAAAAUGUUCUUCCAGUGUCUACCUGUGACUGAUGUUUUUCACUGUCGACUUGCCACGCCAGUUAUGGCAAACUCUGAGGCAAAAUUACACAAUGUACUAUCUUGGUAAGGGUGGAGGGCUGGGAUGGGUUGGGUGUGGGGAGGGGGAAAGGGGAAACAAAAGAGAAAGGAGUUUUAAAAUGAGGUGAAAGUAAGCACCUAUUUCGUAUUUUUAAGUAGGGAGUGAUAGUUUUUAUGGAUAUGCAAUGGAGACGAUGAUCACACAUUUUUUUCAAAGAUUGGUAUGUUUACAAUGGUUCCAGUACAAUGAAUCUAGAGCGGACCAAAAUUUUACAAAAAAUCACUGCCUUUAUAUAAUAACAAAGUCCAACUGAGCUAUGUUCCAUGGCCAUUUAGAUGUUAGUGAAUCACCCAAAAAUCAUUUUGUGCUUUGAAAAAUUCUUUCUACAUAUAUAAAAAAACAUAUACUUUGAUAUUCUAGUAGAUGAACAUUUUAAUAUUUUUCACACUUCAGAAAUGAUAAAAAGAGCAUUAACUGUUGAAUUGGGGUAUAAAACUUAUGUGUUUCAUGUUGUGUAAAUUAUUUGAUUGCAUAAGGUAAGAUGACAUACACUUGUUAAUUUAUAUUUUACUUUAUUUUUGUUAGAAAGCUAUGCACUGGCUUUAUUAAAACUCUUUUUGUUGAUUUGUUUCAAAUGCAUCUAAAGGUGCCAAAAUGUAAUGACUCGUUGUGCAUCCUGCACCAAUGUAUUUAAUAAGAAAUUGUUGUUUCCUUAAUGGUGUAGCUCAGUUUAGCUGUGUGCAGACCUUAAUAGUGUCGCUCUUUAUGUUAGUUAUAGGUGCAAUCAAUAGCAUUUAGAUAGGUUAUUGUGUCGAAGAAUAUUAAACACUUCUAAUUUA